CUUAAGUGUAUAUACCGAACUAUUUAACAUUUUGCAACACUUAGAUUUGGGAACUAUAGAACCAGAGAUGCCAAUAGCAUCGGGAGUAAUCGAUCUUACGGGGAAUGAAGACAUAUUUACGAAGCUAUUAACUUUGAAAACGAAACAAAUUUUAUCAAGGCAUUCAUUCCAUAAUAAUGAAUUGCCCAAUCAAAUUGGUGCAAUGUUGGAUGAAUUUGUAAGUUCAUAUAGUGAACUAAGAACUGAUUUCGAUCUGGCUUUAAUGCGACCUAUAAGCUUUCCCCAAGGAGAAAUGUCACUCGCAACUAGACGCAUUUUAAUGACAACUUUUGACUUAUUAGAAGGAUUCAAAUCUUCACAGAGUAGAAAAAAUCGGAUGAGUUCUAUUAAUUUAGGGAAGAAACCCGACCUCCAGGUUUUAUUGAAAUUAGAUAUGGAGGCAAAUGAGUUGGUUCUAGUGGAGAUUUCACGCUUAUUUCCAGAACCAAAUAAGGAAAUUUUAGAUUGGAAGAAGCUGGUUCGUAUUUGUAAGGAUUGUUUCGAUGAACGUUAUAAUAUUUUUUUUGAAAAUAGAGAGGACACUUCUUCCGAGGCAAGGUUAAUAUAUUGUGAAUUAGAAAAAAUUCCCGUCUUAGGAAUCCAGGUGAUAGGAGAACGUAUAUUCGUUUCUAUGUUAGAUUUAUUUGAAGGUGUUUUUUACCGGGUUUAUCGAAUUUGCGAGAUUACUAUACCUUUACGAAUUUCUACGCGUCAGGUUGUUGAAGAAUUUUUAAGGAGUUGUCUCAAGUUAAGGGCUAUUGUUGAAGAGAUUGUCGGAAUGUCAGUAAGUAUAAAAGAUGAGAUCAAUCUUCUACCAACGUGUGAAGAGCGAACUCCAUCAACAUCGAUGAUGUCAACAACAUAUUCUCCACCAAGAAAUUCCUAA